UUACAUUUAUUCAUUUAGCAGACACUUUUCUCUAAAGCGAUGUACAUCUCAGAAAAAUAAACUGAGCUCUUUUGCUACUCCCUCGGAGUGGAUGUCCUCCAAAGGUCACAGUAAGAGGAUUCUGUGGAAUCGUCAAACAAGUGGCAACAAAACCACUGCUCUUCGAAUAACAUUGCUGCCCAUCUCAGGUUUGACCACAUGGAACUUCACAAAACUACUGCCUGUUUAACGAAGACAUACAUAAACUGAAAAAAUAUACAUAAACUGAAACCAAUUUGUGUAGAAGAAUGGUCCAACAUACUACAGGGUCGACUAGUCUCUACAGAAUCAAUUUGGUUAUUGCCAAAAAAGGAAGUUUUGCUAGGUACCAAAUAUAAGAACUUAUAUACCUUUUCCAUCAAUGACCUUGUUAACAUUGUUUAAACAGUUUGUUUACAUGAAACUCUCUUUAUUAUUAUGAUUUAGAUUAAUGAAGAUAGACAUUUUAUAAAUCAUUUAUUAAAAACCUAAAGUUCACAAACUUUUUCUCUGAAUUGUAAUUAAGUGUAACAACGUAAUUCAAAAAUUAUCUUAGUUCCUAAUUCUCUUUGGUUCCUUAUAGGACUUUCCUAGUAACCUGUCCACGCUGGAAGAGUUACACUCCUUGUAUCUCCAGAUCUUCUGAAAUGUCUUUUUCAUUUGCCUGAUUCACCCCUCCCCCUUUUCCCUUGUCCUUCACCGGUGUGUUAUUUUCUCUUAUUUUCUUUAUUCUCUGUUCUCUUCAUCAGCCUUUAACUCACUUCUUUUCAUCCUUUUAUGUUUCUUUCUUUAGCUUAUUUUUUUCCCCGUUUCCUUUCCUUCACUGUGGUUCUUUUGUUCAGAAUAAAUAAAAAUAUCUCCUGAACUGCUUCGCAAACAUUUGAUCUCAGUUUGUCUCCUUUUCCAUCUACUGGAGUUUGUGCAUUGCCCUGGACCUCAACCUCCUACCUCUGACAGGCCCCUCGAGUGCCUCCUUGACAUCAUGCUGUUUUGUGGCCGAACCUUUGAUUCCCCUUGCACCCUGGCCAUGCUAGUGGGGUUCCAAUUUGCCUUCGUGCUCUACUUCUCCUUGGGUGGGUUCCGUGGCUUGGUGUCAGUCCUGGUGCGUACCGCAGAGCCCGAGUUUGACUACUCGCACCCCCAUGAUGUCUACACCAACCUCAGCCAGGUGGGAGUGCUGCUCGCUGGCCACACAGGGGCCCCAGGGAACACUGCACAACUGAGAGACUGCCCCCUGCCUUCACCCUUGCUUGUGGGCCCUGUAUCUGUGCGCUUGUCCUCCCCACUCUCCUUGGAGGAGAUUCAUAAGAAGAAUCCAUUGGUAUCUCCUGGGGGCCACUAUCGCCCUCCUGACUGUGAGCCUCAACACCACACAGCCAUUGUGGUCCCUUACCGCAACCGGCCAGCACAUCUCCGUGCCCUGCUUUACCACCUACACCCCUUCCUGCAGAGGCAGCAGCUUCAUUAUGGGAUCUACAUCGUUCACCAGGUGGGAAACUCCACGUUUAACCGUGCAAAGCUGCUGAAUGUGGGGGUUCGAGAGGCACUGCGAGACGAGGAAUGGGGCUGUAUUUUCCUGCACGAUGUUGACCUGCUUCCUGAGAAUGACCACAACACCUACACCUGCCACCCCCAACACCCAACACACCUCUCUGUGGCAAUGGACAAGUUCCGCUACAGGUUGCCAUACUCUCAGUAUUUUGGAGGGGUGUCCGCAGUAACACCUGACCAGUACCUCAGAAUGAAUGGCUUCCCAAACCAGUACUGGGGUUGGGGGGGGGAGGAUGAUGACAUCGCAGCCAGAGUACGCUUAUCAGGGAUGAAGAUAAUUCGGCCAUCGGUGGCAGUUGGUCAUUAUAAGAUGAUCAAGCACAGGGGGGACAAAGGAAAUGAAGAGAACCCACGAAGGUUUGAUUUGUUAAUGCGAACCAGGAGGAACUGGCGUGCAGAUGGCCUCAACUCUCUCACCUAUGAACUCCUGUCAAAACAACUGGAACCUCUUUAUACUAACCUGUCUGUCGACAUUGGGGAGGACCCACGCAAACUGUCCCACAGGGUCUCCCUAGUAAAAAAAGACCCUCGAUCUCCAGCCAAAUCAAUGGAAAAGAAAGACAGUGAGGCAACAGGUAGCGCUGCAAAAGUAAACCAAGUCCCACAAGAAAAAUCUAAUGUGACAACUAAGGAGUUAAGAAGGCUUAAGUACAAUGUGAGAGGCAUUAAAGAUGGGGAGCGUGUGGUCAUUUAGCAGGUCUGAUGACAUAGGCAGUGACUUGUCCCUGUUCUGAAAUUUGCCAAAUGCUGCUGCUUUCCCCACUAUGUGGGAUUUUUUUUUUUUUGGUUAUUAAUAUUUUGGACAUAACACCGCCUUGACGCUAAAGUGCUUAAAGGUCAGUUGUUUGCUCUAUGAAUUGUUAGAAAUUAAUGUCUGAGACCAUUUUUCCUUAAUCCUAUGUGUGCCUUUUUUCCUCUUUAGUGUUUUAUAUGUAUUAAAGGUGUGACAAUAAGGUUCCAGUAGUUUCCUAAGCUACAGAUAGCACUGGAUUGGCCUUCACAAAUAGAUGUUUUUUUUUAACCUUCCUGUUAACACAUAACCAUAAAUCCCUUCAAUGGUGAAAAAAAGAAAGUGCAAGAUCAGAGGAAUUAAUAGAUGUGAUUUUAUCUUCUAUUCUUUAGUUACAUUUAUUCAUCUAGAAGAUGUUUUUCUCCAAAAUGACAUACAUCUCAGAGAAAAAU